AUGACUUCGUCGUCCGCGCGAGGCGCGCUCCCGCACGAGCUCGAAGACCUGCGCGCGUUCACACUCGAUCGAGUGAUCAACGACGGUCGAGACGCCCACGGAAGAGUCGUCGCCCUCGGCACGUUCGUGGGCGAACAAGCGCAGAGUUUGGUAAAGCUCAACAGAGCACCUCUUCCGAGCUCAACAGACGCCGUUCGAGCGCUGUUACGAGAGGUCACGUCGAUGCGAACUCGAAUGCCGUACUCCGGGGGUGAGUACGGGUACUACGUUUCGCGAGACGUCGAGAUAGAGGUCAUCGCUCCGAGCGCGCUGACGGAGGCGACGGAGGCGGCGCGGGACAAGUUGUUGAAGAAACACAUCGCCAGGAGCUCGACCCAGCGAUUGGUGUGCGCGAGGGAGACGCCGGAUAUGUAUACAACGAAGCACGAGGCGCAGUACAUCGCGGCGAUCCCGAGGGAGGCGACGAAUUGGGUGCGAGAGAUUUUAUCGUUCAGGGCGGAGAAGGAGCGUCUGUUACACGCGGACGAACACUUCGUGAUGAAUACCGACCCGAAGUGGACAACGCAUCCAGACUGCGAGACGACUGACAGAAAGAGCUGGCGCGAUCACCCGAGCGUCGUGGAUCUAUACUGCCUCGGGAUUUACGCAAAGGACGAUUUACGUUCGUUGCGAGACGUCAGAGCGGAACAUCUCCCGGCGCUUCGAGCGUUGCUUCACCGAGGGCGAGAGGUCAUUGAGCGCGUCUACGGCGUCAAGGCUGAAGAAAUUCGCGUGUACGUGCACUACCCACCGCAGUUUUAUCACUUUCACGUGCACUACCAGGCGUUAUCGGCCAAGGAGACCACUGGUUCUUCGUGCGAGCGAGCGAUUCUAUUGGAGGACAUCAUCGACAACGUCGAGCGCGACGGCGAUCACUACGCCAACGCGAACCUGUCCCUGAAGAUGGGCGAGCGCGACAAUUUAUAUCGUUUAUUCUUCGGUGACGACGCGAAUUCGUAG